AUGGAUCCAAAUCUCAACUCGUUCCCCACGGGGGUCAAUCGUGAAGCUGGCUUCAAGUUCCCUAAGUUCAACACACCUGUGUUAGACAAUCCAGAAGUUACACCCAACGAGUUGGUAGAUUUUCACGUUACCCACAAUUCUUCAUAUCCAUUUGGAAUCCUCGCUGCUUCAGAAAAAGACGGUAUCGCGAAGGAUAUCAUAACGUGGAACGAAAUAGGAAGUGCACUGCUCAAGGUGUACCAAGAAUUGAGUAGCACAUGUUCAGCUGCUCCCGGUACUUCGCCUGUCGUCGGCCUCAUCGCGCACAGCGAGCCGUUGGUUUACUUCACCGUGCUGUUAGGUAUCAUGAAGGCGGGAUGUGUCCCCUUUGCGAUUUCCCCGAGAAACUCUCCGGCUGCGAUCGCUCAUCUGCUUAAAUCCUCAAGUUGUCGGAAUGUUUAUGUAGAAUUUGACCCACGGCUCAUGUCUCACAACGCCUCCAACAUGUCAGUCAGCGAGAAAAUGAGUCGAGACCAAAUGGAUGAGGUCCUCAAACUUUUGCCAGAAUCGUAUUUACGAGAGGUAAUGGAGCUUCCAUCAGCGCAUACUCUCUUCCCCCGCCUCGUCACCGGGUCUGCGUAUAUCUUCGACCCCACGGUACACGAAAAAUUGGAAUCGAUUCCAACGCCUAUCAAAGCUGCUUGCGAGCCGGUCAUGAUUCUUCAUUCAUCAGGCUCCACUGCGUUCCCCAAGACACUCUACAUGAGUCGAUCUGUUAUUCAAUCUUGGCUCAGAGCCCCACUUUCCAACAGAUUUUGCUGGGAGGGCGAACUGACCGCGGCCAUGGCCUUGCCAGCAUUUCACGCGAUGGGCUUUCAUGUUGGAUCGCUGAUCAACCUUUCAACAGGUUCCAUUUCUGGAUUCUUUCGACCCGAUAUUGGGCCUGAUGGCCGAUGCAAACCCAAGACACCCAACUCUUUCAACGUAAUACAGGCGAUAGCAUCUUUAGGUUGUACUAUCGCUUCCUUUAGCCCCAUGAUGCUCACUGAAUUCGCCUCCGACCCGUCGAGCAUCGAAACCCUUCGCACCUUGAAGAGGGUUGGAUUUGGAGGAGGACCACUCAACACCGAGAUUGGGAAUCAGCUUGUCAAGAGUGGUGUCAACCUCUGUGUGGUGUAUGGAUCCACCGAAGUGGGCCCGAUCUCCGCCCUUUUUUCUGACCGUUGCUUAGGGGCAGACUGGGAGUACUUCGAAAUGUCACCCCAGCUCACCACUCGCUUCAUACCGCAUGAGAAUGACCUCUAUGAAUUGGUCGUACUGUCUUCUGAUGUGCAUCGAUGUUCGACCACUGCAAUCGAAGCAAUUAUGUCACUCCAAACGUAUCACACCAACGACUUGCUGGCCAAACACCCUACACUCCCACUGUAUCGCGUUGUUGGACGUCUUGAUGACCAGAUAAUGUUAUCCAAUUCUGAGAAGACCAAUCCAGGACCAAUGGAAGCCAUCAUCACAUUCAACCCUGCUAUUAAGAGUGCACUAAUGUUUGGAAGGGGAAAGCCACAAAAUGGGGUAAUAAUUGAGCCUGAAGAAGUCUCUGUCCUCGACAUAACGAAUCGAACAGCUGUGGAGGAAUACAUCUCCCAAAUUUGGCCUUCAAUCGUCGAGGCCAACAAUUUUGGACCCAGUCAUAGUAGAUUGACGCGUGACCUGAUCAUGAUCAUGAUCCCAGGGUGA